AUGGCUCAUCCCUUUGUUACGGACUCUAACAUCUUACACCGUACCUUUUCCGGACGUCCAGAGAGAGUGGUCUCGGCCUCCGGGGUAACCCUCUUCCUCGACUCGGGACGCGAGGUUCUCGAUGCCUCCGCCGGCCCGGCGGUUUCCUGUCUGGGCCACGGGCGCGACGAAGUCGCCGAAGCGAUCUCUAAGCAAAUACGCCAGCUAGCCUACCUCUACUCCGGUGCCCAGUUCACCUGCGACGCAACCGAGAAACUGGCCUCUCUUCUCCUCGAAAGCCGGCCAGGCGGCCUGUCGAAAGCCAUCUUCGUCAACUCUGGCAGCGAGGCAACCGAUGCCGCCAUCAAACUCGCCACGCAGUACUGGCACGAAAGGGGCCUGCCCCAAAAGACACACUUCAUUGCGCGGAAACAGAGCUACCACGGAAACACCAUCGGUGCUCUCUGCGUCUCUGGGCACUCGUCACGCAGGGCAUUGUACGGGGACUGGCUUUCGAACAAUGUUAGCUUCGUGGACCCGUGCUACGCCUAUCGUCUCAAGGGCGAUGGGGAGACCGAUGAAGAGUACGUGCUCCGUCUCGCAGAUCAGCUCGAAAACCAGGUCCUUCGCGUCGGCCCCGAGAACGUAGCUGCGUUCAUCGCGGAGACCGUUAGCGGGACUACGCUUGGUUGUUUGCCCGCAGUGCCGGGCUACUUCAAGGCUGUACGGGAGAUCUGUGACAAGUACGAUAUACUGCUCAUCUUAGACGAGAUCAUGUGCGGUAUGGGUAAGACAGGCACGAUGCAUGCUUGGGAGCAAGAGAGAAUCUCAGGCCCAGACAUCCAGACUGUUGGUAAAGCCCUCGGCGGAGGAUUCAUUCCCCUGUCGGGCGUCUUUCUCCGUGACAAGGUCUUCGAAGCUCUGGCUUCAGGCUCAGGCGGAUUGGCCCACGGCCACACCUUCCAGGCACAUCCUGUAGCAUGUGCUUCAGCGAUCGAAGUUCAACGAAUCAUACGGGACGAGAAUCUGCUUCAAAAUGUGGCCGACAUGGGAGCUGUAUUGGAGAGACUUCUGAACGCCGAGCUUGGUCCACUUCGACCAGUGGCGGAUAUCCGGGGACGCGGUCUGUUCUGGGCCGUCGAGUUCAUGAAGGACAAGGAAAAGAAGAUACCCUUCUCUCCAGAGGCCCAGUUCUGCAAGCGGGUGGUCGACCGGGCGUUGGCGCUGGGGCUAAACAUUCUGGGGAACUUGGGGACGACUGGGGAGGUUCACGUGGAGCAUGUAAUCAUGUCGCCGCCGUAUGUUGUGACUGAGGAGCCCGCCAAUUUGGUCGCCAGCAGGCGAUCCAUGCUGCGCUAUUACACGGUUACUCUGGCAUUUCUUCUCACGACGAAUCUAGAGAACAACUGCUUCCUAUCAGUUCUCAUGCCGAUGGCCUUCGAGUGCCAACCUCUCAUGUACGCCCUCGCAGCGUCGGCAUCUUCGCACUUGGCAUUACGGUCUCACGAUUUCAAAGACGUAGCCCUGCAACACCGGGGCCUGGCCUUGAACAAGCUCAACGCGGCGAUGCGGGACUCCGAGCUAUCGCCGGAAAUGUGUCUCGCCGUGACCAUGGUCCUGUGCUCGAUGGAGUCGAUAUCGGACCCGACAGACAUCUGGUAUCAUCAUCUCGCGGGUGCCGCAGCCGCCCUGAAAGCCGAACCGUGUAGCCAGACCCUAGACCCCGGGACGGAGGCCACGUGUCUGUCGUCUCCCGAGGGCAAGUGGCUUCUUCGGAACUUUGCCUAUCAUGACGUGCUAAUGAGCGUCUCCAUGGACUGUCGACCGUUUCUGCUCGGAGAUUAUUGGAUGUCGGAGGACGACUCCUUUGCGGAUCCGUACUUUGGGUUCGCUUCGCGGGUGCUGUUCCUGAUAUCGGAGACUAGUGCUCUCAACGCUGAUUUCGUCGAGGCCGGGCAGGCAUCUGGCGGAGAUCCCACUCAACCAUCCUUCUCAGACCGCGCUCGGGUUCUCGAGAGCGAAAUCCUCGCUUGGGGCUGUCCCUCAGAAGAUGAAGGCUCGCCAUACCUGACUCAACUGGGCGAGGCCUACCGUCACGCGGCACUCGUCUACCUGUACCGCACGAUCCGUCGGCACGUCCCCGGCUAUUCCGACGUUCUGGAGGCGAAGAUCCAGGGGUGCGUUGACAGGAUCUGCCACCUCGCCGAGGACAUGCCCGAGGGUUGCCUGGCCGAGUGCACGCUUGUCUUCCCGCUGUUCAUCGCGGGCGGGGAAGCGCGGGCCACGGCUCACGUCGAGGCCAUCCGAGACCGACUUGGGACGAUUGUGGGGUUGCGUAAGUUCCGGAACGUCGAGGCUUGCGUUGAUGUCCUCGACGAGGUGUGGAGGUUGCGGGUCUCUGGGUCGCGGAGUGCUGGCCGGGACCGGGUUGACUGGCUGGAUGUCGUCAAGCAUCGGGGGUGGAAGCUGGCUAUUACCUGA